AUGGCGUGGGAGGAUAUUGCUCGUGAGAAAAGAAGGGAGAGAUAUUCGCAUCUGCCAGACGAGUGGAAGAUCUGUCCGGUUCCCCCGAGCAGAUGCGUUCAGGAUUGGCCACAAACUUCUGGCUUUUUUACUCCAGAAGAGCUAAUCAUCACGGAUUCCACUGCUUCGGAAGUUGUUCGGAAUAUUGCGGAGAGAAGAUGGACGGCAGAAAACGUGACUAGAGCUGUUUGUAAACGUGCUGCUGCGGCUCAACAACUUCUGAACUGUCUCACCGAGAUUUUCUUUCUUGAAGCAAUUGAAUGUGCAAAGGAACUUGAUAAAGAAUAUGAAGCUUCUGGUGUGCUCGCCGGACCUCUUCACGGUCUGCCAAUCAGUUUGAAAGAUCAGUUCGACUACGAAGGCAAAGUUACUACAAUGGGUUGGGUUUCCAAGGCAAACUUACGUGCGAAUAAGGACUCGACACUGGUGACUCUACUCUUGGAUGCCGGAGCAAUCUUGUAUUGCAAAACAAACGUCUCAAUGGGUUUGAUGAUGCUUGAUACAAACAACAAUAUUUGGGGACCCACUUGGAAUCCUUGGAACCGUGGAGUUAAUCCAGGAGGCUCUUCAGGUGGAGAAGGUGCUCUUGUAAGUUUUGGCGGAAGUCAUUUGGGCAUUGGAACCGAUAUAGGAUGUACUGUUCGGACUGCUUGUUCGUUCACUGGAUUAUAUGGCCUUCACCCGUCAUAUGGUCGACUGAGCUAUCAAGGCCUUACCAACACCCAUUCUUCACAAGAAGCUAUAAAACCCACUGCAGGCCCGAUGUGUCGCAGUCCGUCCGACAUUCGACUCCUCUUCAAGAGUGUUUUAGACCAGGAACCCUGGCUAGUUGAUCCUCAGGUCUUACCAAUCCCAUGGCGUAGGCAUGAAGAAAUAUUGCCUACAAAACUAUGCUUCGCAUUCGGCUACGAUCCGAUGGUUCAAACAACACCCCCUGUGACCAGAGCUAUGGAAAUGACGAAAGCUGCAUUACUCGCUGCUGGUCAUGAAGUCAUCGAAUACAGUGUUACUGAGAAUACUUUAGUCACAUUUCUGUGUUUCCAACUUUACCUGGGGUAUGGCGGAGAAGAAUUUCGAUAUGAGACCUAUGUUUCUGGCGAACCUUUGAUGCCAGGGCUUCAACAUUCUUUUGGACAGCUUGAAGCAAGGCCAUUGGCUGAAAUGGGUGAGUUGCAGCGGAUGAGGGCUCUACUUGCCACAGGUUGGCACAAGAGAUGGCAGGAUACAGAGGAUAUGACAACGACAGGCAGACCAAUCGAUGCUUUAAUCAUGCCUGUUUGCGCACUUCCAGCACCUAGCUAUGGCGAACCAAUGAUGCAAACGUGGGGAGGUCUAUCAGCCCUGCUAGAUCUCACAACUGGAAUUUUCCCCGUAACUCACGUCGAUUGGUUGCACGAUACUGUACCUGAAGAUUGGAGGCCUAGGAGUGAACUUGAUGAGCAGGUUAUGAAACAAUAUAAAAAUACCAAGUCCGAAGAUCUUGUGAAUGUGCCCAUUGGUCUCUCACUAAUUGGGUGUCGACUCGAAGAAGAGAAGAUUACGGCGAUGUUGAUGCUGCUGGAAGAAUGUUUGGGAAGUAGUCAAGAGUUUUUCCUGGAAGAUGAGAGACUUUGA